GUUUCAAAAUCCGCCUCCGGACCUUGACCUGGACCAGGCCGCCCCCGAGCAGCACCCGGUCCCGCCCGUCGCCCCGGACGUGAACAUGACCGCUCCGCCCGGCAACAACACUUCCGACUUGCUGGACUUGGGGGAUGACGGCCCGCCCGCGCCGACCACUGUUCCGGACGUGGCCCCGCCCGAAGCCACCCGCAGGUCCGGAUACGCGGAGGGGGGUCCGCUUCCCAACCUUGGGAAUCAGGAACAGUGGAAUCCCGCCUCGCUCCGGCAGCUGGAUCCUUCCGAUUUGGAGCCCGACAGCUACGACUGGAUCGACGUGAGUCUGCCGCUUCCGAGAACCAUGCAGGAGCACGGCCCUUGGUCGAACCGGGAGGGCUGGAAAAUCCGCGUAUGCUCCCACUUCCCGCUUUCACCGUCGACUAUCCGCCGGCCGAGUUAUUGGCCCUUUCCGGACCUCUUUUGCAUCCGCCCGGCGGAUCAUCCGAGCUGGCUGGAACGCCAGAUGCCACCACAGCCCGUGGCCCAUCUUCCCGUCC